CCCUGUGAAGUGUAAACAUACACAGAAAUGGGCAAAAAGACCAAGAUAACCGAACCGGAAAUCAACUCCGACGACGCCAUUCUUAACGGCGACUCCCACAACAAACCCAAGAAGAAGAAGAAGAAGCUCAAGAACAAGAAACCCAGAGACGAAACAGCCCCCGCCGUGAUUCCCACCGUCACCGUCGCCAUCGCCGGCUCCAUCAUCCACAACGCUCAGUCCAUCGAACUCGCCACUCGUCUCGCCGGCCAGAUUGCUCGCGCCGUCACGAUUUUCCGAGUUGAUGAGGUGGUGGUGUUUGAUAGUAACGGCGAGACUGGCCCGCCGGAAGCUAAUGAGUCUAAUGAGAAUGAGAGCGGGGCGGCUUUUCUUAUACGAAUCCUGAGGUACCUUGAGACGCCGCAGUAUCUGCGAAAAGCUCUGUUUCGAAUGCAUAAUAGCUUGAGAUUUGUGGGUUUGUUGCCUCCGCUUGAUGCGCCGCAUCAUCUGCGUAGGCACGAAUGGGGUGCAUUUCGGGAAGGUGUCACGCUGAAGGAAAGAUCUCCAGAUGGUGUUGGGACGCUAGUUGAUGUGGGCUUGAGCAAGAAUGUCGUUGUUGAUCAAGUACUUGAUCCUGGAACAAGAGUCACUGUGGCUAUGGGAGACAGUUGGAAUUUGGAUGCUGAUAUAUCACGGCAAGUUAUAUCAUCAUCCAAGCCAAGGGAAGAAGGAGGGAUGUAUUGGGGGUACAAAGUGCGCUAUGCUUCCAAUAUCACUUCAGUAAUGACUGAAUGUCCAUACGAGGGUGGCUAUGAUCAUUUGAUCGGAACCUCAGAGCAUGGUCAGAUUAUCAGUUCUUCUGAUCUCAUUAUACCUACGUUCAGGCAUCUAUUGAUUGCUUUUGGUGGACUUGCUGGGUUGGAAGAGAGCAUUGAAGAGGAUCAUAACUUAAAGGCAAAGAAUGUCCGGGAGGUGUUUGAUAUAUAUUUAAACACAUGUCCACAUCAGGGGAGUCGAACAAUACGAACAGAGGAAGCUAUCUUAAUCUCACUUCAGUAUUUCCAAGAACCAAUCAACAGAGCACUGCAGAGAAGUUAGUCCACAAUUAGAAUCAAGAUCUUAGUCCUUUUGCUGCAAAUAGUGUCAGGAUAGCAAGGUUUGUGACAGAAGAUCAGCACCUUUUGGUCAUCAUUUUUCUGUUUCCAGCUGGUUCAUCUCGAAGUUAUGUGUUUUAGCUAACCUGCAAGGAUGAGACUCAUUUGCAAGCCUUUUCUUCUUGGAAGAUAAACAUAUAGUCAAAUACUUGUGCUAACCCAUGUUUAUAUCGAUUAAUCAUGUAUUAAUUCGAGGUGUUGGGUUGGUUCACUUGGUUGAGCUGAGUAGUGAUUCUAAUUUUUAUAAUUUUUUUGGUCUGGGCUUAUUGUUUAAUUGUUGUAAACUUGUACAAUACUCUUAUAUUUGGAAUCGAAGUGAUCAGACAUUUUCGACA